GCAAGAGAUAGCUCUGCAAGUUCUAUCCCGGGAUAUAAAAGCAUCACAUUUCCACCGUUGGUUCACUCUCUAAUCCCUAUUAUCUAAUUAUAAUCGAAUCGAAUCCAAAAUGUCCUCUCCAUUCAAGAUCGCUCUCCAGGAACAAGACGCCAAUAUCAGACAAUUGAACAUCAAGUCGCCGUUCUCUAGGUCAGGCUCCGUCUCUCCGACCAAGUUCACUCCUUCCAAAUCCUCUCCCAUCAAGCGCGCUCCGCUCAAGGCGUUCCAGAUCUUCCAAGACGACACCUACUACCGCACCACGAUCACUCCAAAGGGCGCCGUCGACCGCGUUGACAACAAGGAAAACGUAUUGCAGCCAACCAAGACCACCGCGUCGCCAAUUCGUAAGGCCGGAAAGCGCGUUCCCUUGAGUGUGCUCGACAUCAAACAGUUCCCGUGCUUCAUCAGCCUCGCGUCUGGCGGUAGGUUGGGCGCGGUGUUGUCAUUAACCAACACCAACUUCAGCAACGUGGAGCAGCUUCCAGCGUUCGUGACGCCGCCAAGAGACCGGGCCAGGCAGUUUGUGUUCAAGACCACUCAGGACGCCCCAUUGGUCACCUUUAAGAAGGCUAAGAGAACAUUGUCAUUCUCGGAAAGCAAGGAAGACAGGGAAAAGAUCCAGCAAGCUGGCUUCAGGAUUUUUAACGACGCUACCGUUGUUGUCUAA